AUGUCUCUCAAGAAAGUCCUUCUCGUUGGCGCGAACGGAACUCUAGGCUCAGUCCUCCUAGAAGGCCUUGUAUCCUCAAACUCCUUCGAAGUCUCUGUCGCCAGACGUGAAUCAUCCAAAUCAACACCUGCGCACGCCGAAUCUAUCUCCAUCGUCACCAUCCCAGACGACUUCGCAAUUGACGCUUUAGUUCCCGCUCUAAAAGGCCAAGAUGUUGUCAUUGCCUCAUUUCCAUUAACCAACGUUGUUGAUCAGCAUCUCCGCCUUGCAGAAGCUUCUGCCAAGGCGGGCGUGAAACGCUUCAUUCCUGCCGACUUUGGAAGUUGUGAUGCCCAGAGUGAGCAAGCCAAGAAACUACUGAAGCUUUACCGUGACAAGGAUGAAGUGAGGAACAAGGCUAUUGAACUUGCAAAGGAACACCCAAAUUUCUCCUGGACAUCUAUCGUGUGUGGGCACUUCUUUGACUAUGGAAUUCGCGAUGGUCUGCUACACACUGAUCUCGUCACCAACACCGCUGUGAUACUAGACAAGGGCAAUGUUCCUGCUUCAGCAUCCACACUCUCCCGCGUUGCCGAAUCUCUUGUCGCAGUACUCAAGCACCCGGACACCACAAAAAACCGUCUCCUCUACGUACAAAGCUUCUGCAAGACACAGCUGGAGGUGGUAGCGGCCCUCGAGAAGGCGACAGGCGCAGAGUGGAAGAAGGAGUUUGUGAACUCGGAUGAGUUCCUAAAGGAACAGGUUGACCAGAUGGCCGUCAAAUACAACCCUCACGCGCUGGAGAAGAUUGUGUUUGUCCUAGGAGCACUAGACGCCGAGUGGCCCAAUAGGGGAGAUGCAUUUGCCAUGAAGGAGUUGGGAUUGGAGGAUGAAGACCUUGAUGAAGUUAUCGGGGGAAUUGUUAAACAGUGGAGGAAGGAGAAGGAGGGAAGCAGAAGAAGUGAUGGGAUGGGACUUGUUAUCUGA